UAACUAAAGACUAUAUGAAAUUGCAAUAUCAGUGCUGUUGGGCAACUACAAAGAGCAACUUUUACAAAUUCAACAGUUGCCGCUGUGAAUCAUUUUAUUUCUUUCGCUAUAUUAGUGCGGUCGAGUCUCAAAAUGUGCACCAAAGUUUGCAUUUUGAUUUUGUCAAUCAUUAUCAUCGUUAAUGCCGAAGAAUCAAAGGAGAAUAAAUGUAAUAUUCCCCCAACAGCACCGAAAAAAAUCGAAGAUGUGAUCAACAAGUGUCAGGAUGAAAUCAAAUUGGCUAUUUUAACCGAGGCUUUGGAAGCGCUCAGUAUCAACGAACAUGCCAAAAGUAGGGCCAAACGUGACACAUUUUCCGACGAUGAAAAACGCAUCGCUGGUUGUUUGCUCCAGUGUGUCUAUCGCAAAAUGAAAGCGGUGAACGAAAAAGGCUUCCCCACUGUCGAAGGCCUCGUGGCUUUGUAUUCCGAAGGAGUGACCCAAAAAGAGUACAUUAUUGCCACCCUGCAAGCUGUCAAUGUCUGUCUCAAUAAAGCCCAGAAGAAACACCUUACAAAACCGCAAUCUUUGGAAGAACAUGGAAAGACUUGCGAUAUUGCCUACGACGUGUUCGAUUGUGUUUCGGAGAGAAUUGGGGAAUAUUGUGGACAAACGCCGUAAAUUGGACUAACAUUUCGAAACAGAAAAAUCACACAAAGACACUAGUCAGAGAAUUUUUAACACAAACAGAUUUUAGAUUUAGUUUUUGUAAUUCUCAUCACUGUAAUUAAUGACAUGAUAAUACCCAUUAAGUUAAUUUAUUAACACAUUCUGUAAUUAAAACGCUGUUUACUUUUUUACAUCGAAAACAUUAAAAAUCUUCUAAAUUACCCUCCCCAUUUAGCUCAAACAAAGCAGUAAUAAUUAAGCGAACAAACGUGUGAACUUAUCAGAUUUUAAAACUGAGGUCGAUAUCAACUGCUGGUAUGUCGGUGUCGCAAUGCUUAUUUUAAAUUGUCAUUUGUGUUAGUUAAUUAGUGUAGGUUUUUGUAUUUUUUAUAAAUGGUAGGUACCCCUGAAAGUAAUAAAAUUUAUCAACAGUG